GAAUAUAUCAUGUGCACUCUCCGUUCCGUGACUGCCACGUCAGCAGGAUGAUAGGACAGCACACGUCGCUGAAUCAAUGAUUGCAAACGACUUCCCUUAGAUGAUUUUUCUCUUCCUCCUCUUCCCUCUUUUGUUCUCUCUCUCUGUAGCUCCAUCCUCACCGUCCUCCUCUCCUCUCUUCCUCCUCCGUUGCCCGUCCAUCUCCGCUGCCUUCUUCCUUGCUGUCAUCUCUUUCGCCCAGCUCUUUGGCUAUGGAGGACUACGAGAUCGAGGAGAGAGAGCAGGCUGCCGCCGACGCGCUGUCGCACUACUCCGUCCUGACGAUGGUUAGCGUCGCGCAAGGUGUGUCGCCGGUGAGGAUGCGGCUUCGGCUAAUGAAAGAAGCUUCUGGAUUUCGUCCUUUGAAAGAAGCUUCGGGAUUUCGUCCCGAACGCAAGACCGAUGGCGUCGGGAUCGGGACGAAAGACGAGGAGGCAUCGGAUAAAGUUUGCCUUAACCUGGUUUCAAUCGAAGGCGGUGCGGGUCCUCGGGUCGCGGGUUUUCUCCCUCGCGGGGGCUCGUCAAAGAAUUCCCACCAGAGGUCGUGAUGAUGAAUAAUGAGGCUGGAUUAUGAGGGUGAUGAUGAUGAGGAGGAGGAGGAGGAAGGAGGGAGGACGGAUGAGGGAGGAGGGUUGCGUGGGCCGCUGUUGACGUCAGCACUCGGGCGAUUGCCUAUUAUUGCGAUGGAGUCUUUGACAGAUCCGAGCAGCGGACGGCGCGAUUAUGGUGAUGAUAUGAUGAUGUUGAAGAAGAUGAUGAUUAUGGGGUGAUGAUGACGGGGGGUGAUCCUUGUGUCUGUUCUUCUCAUUUGUUGGUCCGUUCACUGAUUGAUCGAUACGAUGGUGUAGUGAAUGGUAUUGAUUAGUGUUGUGUUUCGGUGAGAGCUGGAAACGCGAGCGUGGGAGUGAGGAGGAAGGCGCGGCGGAGGGGGGAGGAGGAGUGGGGAGGAGUAGAGGCGGGGCGCGAAAGGCGUGAGACAGAGUGGACUUGAACAGGCGAAGAUGCUGGACCAUUUUUUAGCAUCUUAACUAAGGCGCGGGCUGGCCCUAUGGACGUCGUUCCCAAUCUCCUCAUCUUCACUAGGAAGCCCCAUCGACGCUUUGAUCCGCUCCUGCCUGUUGGAGAGGCGCGAUCGGACGAAAUUUCGUUUCAUUAUCGCCCCGAGAACCGUCUUAUACAUUGGAAUGGAGUCAAUGGACCCCUUUCAUAAUGAGCUGGGCUUGGUCUUCGCGGCAGUUUAUCAGCGUUUCUUGCAGUUACUUUACGCAUCAGAUGAAUUACUUGCAAGAGUCCUCAGUCCGGUAUGAAUUCGUGGGAACCCAUCUAGAGAAGAAGUACCAGUAUGGGUAUCAGAACUUCGACGCUGUGUAGGAAGAGUUGGUGCAGGAAGCGGAGGCGAAGGCGGAAGAGAUGAAGAAGAUGAAGCAAGCGCAAGAGGAGGGGGGGGGAUGGGGGUGAGAGAAAGAAACAGGAAGGGGGAAGGGGAAUUGGAGGGGCAGAGGGGGACAAGCAGGCGGAAAGAGCGGGAAAGGAGGGAAAGGCGGGGGUGGAGAGAAGCGGGGAAGCGGGAAAGCGGGGAAGAUCAGGAGGAUGACGAUGGGGAGGGGAAAGCGGAGGGGGGACUUGCGAGAAAGGGAGCGCAGCGGCGGGUGGGAAAGAGGGACAUUGGCGCACGCGAGCGGAGGCGGUGCAGGCGCCGCCAUCGGGCCCGCGCAUUCUUCUGCUAAUGGUAAGUCAUUGUCGGCUUUCAACCUCCCAAGCUGCGUCAGCGGAAAAGUAAAUCGAUGGCCGCUGGGGGGGGGUGGGUCUUCAGCGUCUUUGGUGGGGAUACUUGCAGUAGUGAGAACGUAAGCUUGAGAGGAGAGUGAAGUCCGCGUGAAAGCGUUGGACGUGAAGAAGGUGGUGUCAAGCGGGAUGGAUGUGGAGGAGGAGGAAAUAGGUGCGGACAGCGAAGAGGAAGAGGACGAGGAGGAGGUGGAGUGGGGUUGUGAGGAACAAGAAAGCGGGGAAAGGGGUCGCUGCAUCUACGCGUGACCAGGCGGGUAAUGGCACGGCUUAUCGUAACGGCACGAGGAAUGACCACGUGGUGGCCACGUGGCCUCCCAUGUGGAGGGAUCAGGAGUUUGCGAUGCAUGGACAAGGGGGUUGGCGACGUAAAAUUGGCGGGAAAAGAUUUCCAUGGUCUUGGACAGGACAGCCGCGCGUCAGACUGGUUAUCUUUAGCCACGUGGUCAGUGAGGGAUCAGGAAUUUGACGGGAAGGUUCUUUUUAAAACCGACUCGUGCAUAGCGCAAACUGCACGCGCUGCCGUGUAAGGGCCUACAGUAGUUGCAGCACCCUCUAUCCACCCAGAUUUUGAAUGGAUCUGGUCAAUGUCGAUGUCCAGAGGCAUUCAAAAUGUUGGAGGAUGGCGAGUGGUGCAUCCUACCGUAGGACCUAACGCCUACUCCGGGCCGUAGCUUGCUUAAAGAACAGUGAAGCGAUGGGAAAGGUUGUGGCACCUUUCUCGGCCUUUUGGCUAAGAUCAAGUGUAGUUUCUGUUCUGAUCAGUUUAAUAUCUGAUCCGUGGUCCAUCGGGCCACAUGGUUAGAUAGGUGAGAAAAACAAACCAAAAGUGAAUGAUGAUAGGGAGCGGGAGCGGGCAGACAGAGUGACAGAGUUUUACAAGUGUGUAUGACCGUGGUGGCGCCUAAUUGCGGGCAGUCUCACAUACUCCAAAUUAGGCAUCAGUGUGGAUAAUAUAUGCUGUAUCUGGUCGCGUAGUGCGUAGUCAUACAGUCUUGUCUGCCUCUGAAAGAACGAUGCAACAACGGUGAGCAAUGGUGAUUGCGUUUUUGGCCAUAGCUUUUCUGUGUGAGUGGCGAAGAAAACCGGUUUCAAUGGAUAUUCGUCACUGAGCAAUUGAUUUUGAUUGACUGGUGAGUAAACAAGUCGAUGUUGA